GCGGCUCUGCCAGUGGCUGCAGUGGAGGCGUGGGCCUUUGUCUGGCACCUGGUGCAGGAGUCGGCUCAAUUGGCGGUGGUUCUGGCUGCAGUGGAGGUGCAGCUGUGCGGGCUGCUGAAAAGCACGUGUCCGCUGGAACCGGUGGCUCGGAGGAGUGGCCUUCAACUCAAGCCCGAAAUGUCCGCGCUCUUCGUGAGACUGACUACGAGGACGAGAAGGCGGUGUGGGCCCAGGGCUGCGCAUUGCCGCUGAAGAAGAAAGCGGGCCGAAAUCAGGCUCCGCUUGGCAACGUGACGCCAUCGCAGCCUUGGCGAACGGACGCUGACCCCUGGCAGGCAAACCCGCCCCUGGGGGACCGCAGCGAUGCCUGGCGAGGGGACGAUGCUCUAGGCGGAGGCAUUGGAGGCCUCCCGAGUAUUCACAGCAGCCUCCUCAGCGGCUCCCAGGUGCCGGGACCAGGGGCUUCUUUGCCGGGGCCUAUCCCGGGCGAGCGGGCAGUUCGUGAAGUACGAGAAGCCCGUGAAGUUCGUGAUGUGCGGGAUGUCCGUGACGUCCGUGAUGUUCGGGAAGUUCGCGGUGAAGUGCGCGACAUCCGUGAUGUCGGAGUCCGAGACGUACGUGAUCCUCGGGCACCCCUCCAUGAUGCUCGGGCACCUCUCCAUGAUGUACGAAUGCAUCAGCAAGAUGGACGU